AUGGCGCAUGUUGGACAGCAGCGGUUUGGCUGUUACAUUGGUAAUAUUGACAGAAGUGUGACGUUGGAGGUUCUCCGUCAGGUCUUUUCCCAAUGUGGCACUAUUGUUGAUUGUUCCCUUAAUGGUCGUGACGAGGAUCCGUAUCGCUACGGUUUUAUUGAUUUUGCCACCGAGGAUGAUCGUGCGCGAGCGAUGAAGUACAACGGAUUCACACUAGCUGGAAGGAAAAUAAAGGUUGGUAUUAGCAAGGGUAACGUUGGCAGGCCUGAAGGGUACAACAACAACCCGACCCCUGCGCCCGCCGCCAGCAAUACUGCGAGCAGCGCGGGUCAGCAUCCACAAGUUCCUUCACAACCUCAAGUGCCUGCCGUGUCUGUUCCUGCGAGUUUCUUGCCUGGUAUGGUUCAACAGCAGCAGCAACAGGGUGCCACUCUUCUCCUUCAGCUCCUGCAGCAGGGCGCCAUAGAUGUAAACAACCUCACUGCAGAGCAGCAACAGGUGCUUAUGGCGAGUCUCCUUCCUCAGGCACCAGCUGCGGCUCCAGGUAUGCAUGUCAUGCCACCAACAGCCCCAAUGGCGUACGUCCCCCCGCCCCCGCAGCAGCCGUGGGGUGCACCGCGCGGUGUUUAUGCUGGCGGGCCACUCGGUCGUCCAGCGCCGUACACCCGCCCGCCGGCAAACCCUCAACCACCUGAGGAGACACUGAAACUGCGCGAGGUACAACGAAAGCAGUUUCUUGACGUCGUCCGCCGUGACGCCGAAAAGUACGAACGUAAACUGGCGGAGCGCAAUCUAAAGGAGGGGCGUACGGGCUCCAUUUCGGGAAGCGAAGAAAGUUCGUCCGACGAGGAGGGUGAAAAGGGCCAUCGCCACUCCCGGCGAAAGAUCGAAGGGGGGGAAGACACGGAACCCGAGAAAUCCGCGACGUUGCCCAUGAAAACCGAGUCGGAUUCUGUCUCCUGUCCCAUGGAAGUCAAUUGUAACAAUGAAGGUGCCAACAUAAGCGGUGAAGAAGCCGCCAGUAAUGGCAACGGCGGCGAAAGCAACAACAACGAGGAUGGUGACGCCAUUGAUUGCUCGAAUGUGGAGACGGAGGAGAACAAUGUUGAUGAAGAGGUUGAAAAUAAAUGUUGA